AAAUCCCAUACAGCCAUCAGCUGUAGUCAGGAUCGAACCGGGUCUCUGAUGCUGUAAGAUAUCAAAUGUACCACUGCGCCACUGUUUACAUGUAGUUUUGCAUGCUAUCCAAACAGAUCAGAAUUAUAGACAUGAAUAUAAACUCGUACAAUAGAUAGAGCAAAGGGAAAGAUACAGAGUGCAGAAUAUAGUUCUCAGCAUUGUGGUACAUUGUAACUUAUCAAUUCCAUAGACAAAGUCCAAUGUUUACAAUGAGAUUAAUCUGACAUUGCCCUAGUUUAUGGAAGGACGGUUCUGAAGCCUAAUAACAGAGGGAAAGGUGCUUUUCCUGAGUCUGGUGAUGGCGCUUUCAAGCUUCUCUAUUUUCUGCCAGAUGGGAGCAGGGAGAAGAAGGAAUGGCCCGGAUGGGAGAAGUCUUUUUAGCAACAGAUUCAUUUUUGCGGAGUAGUUGCAAUCUGAACCUGUUCCAUUCUGAGUUUGGAAAGAGUUAAAAUGUUCAGUGUUUGUCAACAGAGAGGCUCCAGUUUGGAAUGUGCAUUGGAAGCAGUCUCUGCUGGUUCGGUUCCACAAAUGCAAUAAAUUAACCACUACCAUUCGAAGUAGGGAUUCAUUCAAAUUGCUAAACAAGCGGCCGGUCAGCGGGGAGCUGCCUUACCGAUAAAAUGAACAGGGCAACAAAACGUAGUUCAAAACAAAACACUGGGCUUUAAACAUAAUAUGUGGUUUCAUUUAUAUUGUUGCAGACAGGGAGGCGGUUGCAUCUAAAAUUAAACAAGGCUAUGAAAACAAUGCUCCUUCCAAUUUACCAGUAACAGAUUGGAUAAGUGAUGUUAGCCAAGUGCAAACAGAUCUCACUUUCCACUGUGGAGAAUGUCAUAUGCAAAAUUGAGGAAGGGGGAAAUUUGAAAGGAAUCGAAAACGACACGUUCGUUUAAAAUGCAGAAAUACACGCAUCCAUACCUGCAAACAGAACUCACGCGUAGAAAGACUGACACUCGUAAACUAACACAAUCACAUCCAUCAUUCGUUACACACGCUCUCCCAUCCAAGUUCCUCCCCUCGCCUCUCACUUGCGCGCCCGACCCCGUGCAAUAUAUUGUUUUUUUUUUAGUUUAUCUAAACUAAAUAACAGCCGCCGUCGGCUGAGCCAAAAAUCUUUCAGUAUUGACAAAUGCCAUCUCAGCGCCAGUGUCCUUAACCCUGCCGCGGAGUCAAUUGCAGUAAAGGCGAAACGAAGCAAGGCAGCUAGCUACACCUCCCGGUCGAACACUCUCUGAUGAAAGUCUCCAAACCUUUGGAAAGAAAGUUCGCAGAGUGAUUGUGUUCUGGUGAUUCUGCCGGGGAAUCUUUGGACCGGGUCAGGCCAGUGACUGCGGAGAAGAUGUUUUACACAAGCAUUGGGAAUUUGCUGAGGGCUGCCUUAUUGUUUUGUCUGAUGUCGCCAGGAUUUCCUUACUCUUACUUUUCUAUAUCAGAACAAGAUGAAAGCAGAGAGACAUGCCCGGAAACCAAAGUAAUCUCAACCGAGUAUCCAUGUCGGAAAGCCAAUGGAGAAUUGGCGACCUGUUUCAGAAAGAAGUGCUGUCGAGGUUAUAAGUUUGUCCUUGGCGAAUGUAUCCCAGACGAUUACGAUGUAUGUUCAGGAGCUCCAUGUGAACAGCAGUGCACAGAUAACUUUGGCAGAGUGCUCUGCACAUGCUAUCCAGGAUACUACUUUGAUCGUAUGAAGCACAGGAACCGAGAGAAACCUUAUUGUCUUGAUAUCGAUGAAUGUACCAAAAGUAAUGGAACAGUAUGUUCUCAUAUUUGCCUGAAUGCCCCAGGGAGUUAUCAAUGUCUAUGCAUGGAAGGUUUCUAUCUCGAAGAGGAUGGGAAGACAUGCAGCAAAAUUGAAAGUGCUGGCCAGUAUCUAAAAUCUGAAAGUGUAGUGGAAGCUGACACAUGUUCUACAACCUGCGAGGAAUUCCAACAGAUAAAACAGACAGUCCUACAGCUCAAGCAGAAGAUCACGUCACUGCCCAACAAUGUUGAUGAUAUUAGUAAGCAAAAAUCAAAUAGUCAGACGUUAUUUGCUUCCAACAGUUACAAUGCUGGAUUCAUUGGUCUUCCUGGGCCAACAGGGCCUUCAGGCCUGCCUGGUCCUAAAGGAAGCUCUGGGCCAAAGGGACAUACAGGACCCCCAGGACCACCAGGAUCCAGAGGACACAUGGGACCUAUGGGCCCAUCCCCUGACCUAUCUCAUAUUAAACAGGGAAGAAGAGGUCCAGUGGGUCCACCGGGAGCAUCAGGAAGAGAUGGUGCCAAGGGUGAAAGAGGUGCACCGGGACCAAGGGGAUCUCCAGGUCCACCUGGCUCCUUUGAUUUUUUGCUUCUGAUGUUGGCAGACAUUAGAAAUGACAUUGCAGAGCUCCAACUGAAGGCUUUCGGCCGUGGAAAUCGUGCCACUGUGGAGGAGCAACAGAGCCAUGAGAUUUCUGACUGGGGAUCAGGUGAAGACCACAGACACCGAGGUCCAUCACAGGAACGGCCAAAGAGACCAGUAUCAUGGAAGUGAAAUGGCUUUCAAAACUGUUUUGCAAUUAUUUUCCAUCGGGACCAGACUGAAGGGAUUGAACCAGUGAGGAUGUAAUAAAUUUUGGUCUGCUGUUGUAGAAUUUUUAUUUCAUUAACAGUGUCACAGAAAUACUUUUAUCAAAGAUAAUAAUUAAGAUAAGGUCUAGACCUUUAACAUAGUUCCAUUAUAUGGUAGAACAGUUUGUCAAAUUCCAAACAAAUCUGUUACGUUUAAAAGUUCAGAUUUGUGGGAGAAAGAAUUGUCCCUAAUGUGAGCAAUUGCGGUAUCUUGCUUCUGUCGCAAAAAAAUAGUUUUGUUCAUGUCUUCUGUAUUUAGGAAUUGCUACACUUUUAUAAAUAGGUUGUACCAGAUUGUUCACCAUACCUGAAAUUGCAAGGUAGGUUAAUAAAGUCCCUCUGUACAUUUACUUUCCCUCAGAACAGUAAUCCUGCAGCCUGAUAUAAUACCAAGCAAUUUCUUCAAUUCAACUUGCCACCAUUUUUAAGCAACCAAACCCAUGGCCUUUGUAGAUGACAUCUCAUAUUUCUUUAAAUCAUUAAAAUAUGGUGAGAGAAUUGUCAGAUAUUGACUGACAGAGCCGCACAAUGCUUUUCAUUGCAUUUGGUCUGAAGGACCUAAUUAUUCUUCCUCCACCUCAAGCCUUUCCACUUCUUGAAGGAGAACUUU